AUGUUGUAUGUAAUAGGAUUAGGCUUAGGUGAUGAGAAAGACAUUACACUGAGAGGGCUCGAAGCCAUCAAGAAAUGCUGCAAAGUGUACAUGGAAGCUUACACUUCUCUUCUCUCCUUUGGCCUCACUCCCGAUGGCCUUUCCACACUAGAGAAGAUUUAUGGGAAGCCAAUUAUUGUUGCCGAUAGAGAAAUGGUGGAGGAGAAAGCAGACACUAUGCUGUUAGAAGCUCAGGUUUCUGACGUGGCAUUUUUGGUCGUUGGAGACCCUUUUGGAGCAACUACGCAUUCUGAUCUUGUUGUCCGGGCAAAGAAAUUGGGUGUGGAAGUUAAAGUGGUGCACAACGCAUCGGUAAUGAAUGCAAUAGGGGUCUGUGGCUUGCAGUUGUAUCGUUAUGGAGAAACAGUGUCAAUACCUUUCUUCACCGACACCUGGAGGCCUGAUAGUUUUUACGAGAAGAUCCAGAGAAACAAAACGCUUGGACUACACACGCUCUGCCUGUUAGAUAUACGAGUGAAGGAACCUUCAUUAGAGUCCUUGUGCAGAGGGAAAAAAGUGUAUGAGCCAGCGAGGUUUAUGACCAUAAACGAUGCAAUUGAGCAGCUCUUGGAGGUGGCCCAAAAGCAAAGUGAGUCAGUAUACAAUGAAGACACGAUCUGCGUGGGCAUGGCCAGAAUAGGUAGUGAAGAUCAGGUGAUAGUUUCCGGGUCCAUGAAGCAACUCUUGACGAUAGACUUUGGGCCUCCUUUACAUUGUCUUGUCAUAGCAGGUGACACUCACCCUGUGGAAGAUGAAAUGCUUGAAUUCUAUAAAAUCAACUGA